CGAGCGGCCGAGCUGAGCGGCUCCGCGAGUUGGGGCAGCUCCUGCGCUCGGCCCUGCUCGGCGGCCAGAGCUCCGCCCGGGCGCCGGCUUCCCACGGCGGCGGGAGCGCGCGGGUGCUGAGGGCGCCGACCGACCUCCGCGGACCCCGGCGGGCCUGGGGCGGGAGAGGCGGGCGAGCGCGCGCGCUGGAGACGGCCGGGCGUCCCGCGCCCUGGCACCAUGCGCCCCGCCGCGCCUCCUCGCCGGCCCCGGGCUCCCCUCUCCGCCCGCUGAGUCCCCGCGCUCGCCACCCCGGAAACUCGCCGAGACGAGGCGAGACGCCGGAGAGCAGCGCGGAGACUGACCCAGGCGUCCCCUCCGCUCCCAAGAGGCUGCGGAUCCCCGUUUCUUGGGUUUCUCUAGCUUUACCAUGGACCUGGCGCCAGCUUGGCUUUAGGACACAUUCGGAGCCGGAGGGGGAGUCCAGGCAAUUCUUUGGUUGCUAAGCGUGAGUGAAGACAUCCAGGAUGGCUCAGGGAUCCGGGGAGCAAAGAGCAGUGGCAACUGCUGACCCAGAGGACAGUUCUCCAAAUAUGAUAGUCUACCGCAAAAUUGAAGACAUCAUUACAAAGAUGCAAGAUGACAAGACAGGAGGUGUGCCCAUCAGAACAGUCAAGAGCUUUCUCUCCAAAAUCCCCAGUGUUGUCACAGGUACUGACAUUGUGCAGUGGCUGAUGAAGAACCUGUCCAUCGAAGACCCAGUUGAAGCAAUACACUUGGGGAGCCUUAUAGCUGCCCAGGGCUAUGUCUUUCCCAUCUCGGACCAUGUUCUCACCAUGAAGGACGAUGGCACCUUUUACCGGUUCCAGGCUCCCUACUUCUGGCCAUCUAACUGCUGGGAGCCUGAAAACACUGACUAUGCCAUCUAUCUUUGUAAGAGAACAAUGCAGAAUAAAGCAAGGCUGGAAUUGGCAGAUUAUGAAUCAGAAAACUUAGCAAGACUCCAGAGGGCCUUUGCAAGGAAGUGGGAAUUCAUCUUUAUGCAAGCAGAAGCGCAAGUAAAGAUUGAUCGGAAAAAGGACAAGACAGAAAGGAAAAUCUUGGAUAGUCAAGAGCGGGCCUUCUGGGAUGUCCACAGGCCAGUGCCAGGCUGUGUGAACACCACAGAAAUGGAUAUCAGAAAAUGUCGACGUUUGAAGAACCCGCAAAAGGUUAAAAAGUCUGUAUACGGCGUGACAGAAGAGUCCCAGUCCCAGAGCCCUGUGCACAUACCCAGUCAGCCAGUCCGGAAAACGACAAAAGAGGACAUCCGGAAACAGAUAAUGUUUUUGAACGCACAGAUCGACAGACAUUGUUUAAAAAUGUCCAAAGUGGCUGAAAGCUUAAUUGCUUACACGGAACAGUAUGUGGAAUACGAUCCUAUGGUAACACCAGCCGAGCCAUCCAAUCCCUGGAUCAGUGAUGAUGUCACUUUAUGGGACAUAGAGAUGAGCAAAGAGCCCAGCCAGCAGCGAGUAAAGAGAUGGGGCUUCUCUUUCGACGAGAUGUUGAAGGACCAGGUGGGGCGGGACCAGUUUCUACGCUUCCUGGAGUCGGAAUUCAGUUCAGAAAACCUCAGGUUCUGGUUGGCUGUCCAAGAUCUCAAGAAACAACCCCUGCAGGAUGUGGCCAAGAGGGUGGAAGAAAUCUGGCAAGAGUUUCUGUCUCCAGGGGCCCCCAGUGCAAUCAAUCUGGAUUCUCACAGCUAUGAGAUAACCAGUCAAAACGUCAAAGAUGGAGGGAGAUACACAUAUGAAGAUGCCCAGGAGCACAUCUACAAGCUGAUGAAGAGUGACAGCUAUGCCCGCUUCCUCCGGUCAAAUGCUUACCAGGACUUGCUGCUGGCCAAGAAGAAGCCAGAAAGUGAGCAAGGUCGUAGAACUUCCUUAGAAAAGUUCACUCGCAGUGUGUGUCUGCAGCUUCACUUCUAGGGAUGGAUUUGCAAAAGACCAAGCGGCUCCCUCUGCAGAAGGUGCACACCCGACCGCCAGCCUCGAGCUUCGCCUUUGACCUUCCGUGCAGGGCUCCGAGGAGAGAGGACCCGCCCGCCGCCCUGGGGGCUGCGCGGUUUGUGCAUCUUCUGCAGCAGCCCAGGGAGAAGGCCAUCGAACUGUCUCACGAAAUAAAUUGGCUCGGAACCGUAGCUCAUCUAUAAAAAACAUUCCAAAUUUCCCUCUGUGAGCGCCGGCCGGCCCGUGGGAGUGGGCCGCGAGCUGCUGCUGCUGCUGUGUAGGCGGCUUUCGCGUGCACAGGAGGUGGCCGUGCUGCAUGGUCUAGCUGGCGUGUGUUAGUGGCCUCUGCAUGACUUACCGUCCUCGUCAGCCUCAUGUGCAUAGCGUGACGGGGAGAAGAGGGCAGGUGGCCCUGGGGAGGAGGGGGAAGCAGGUCCCUGUUCUGUCCCUGUACUCCCAGGGGCAAGGCCUUGAGGGAGUCAUGGUGGGCUGCAGGUUCACCAGCUCCGUAGGGAAGUGGCCUUACCCCAUGCGCACUGAGUUUAGAUGAGGUAGAGAUUGGUGCGGGGGGCACAUAGGAGACCCCAUGGUAACAGGUGAGAGUGCAGAAUGAAUAGUCUUCCCAUGGUGCACAGCGGAGAUUCGGUUCUACGGUCUAUAGGACAGCACAGACCCAUCUCUCCUUUCCAUGCCGUUCUCUGUAAGAUCUGGGCCUAGGGCUUGGUGCGCAGAAUUCAAUCCCACUCAUUCACUUCCUUGUCAUUCACUUACAAGCUGCUGAGUGCCUGGGCCCCAGCCUGCGCUAUUCAUAUCAAACUAGAGGGAACUAACAUGGCAGCCGGGAGCAGGGAUCCCACGAAUGGAACUGGCCUCUCUUCUCUUCCCAAGGGGAGAACCCUCUCAUGCCCUUUUUCCCCCUCUGUUGAAGAGAGAAGUCCUUGUAAAACCUGACUACUGCGUGAUUAGCAUCUUUAUUUCAUCCUUUUGGCAUAAAAUCUAAGAAUUCUGGGUUGAAAGCAACCUAGUUGUUUAC